CAGCAAGAAGAGGAGGUUCAGAGACAGUCAGCACAGGCAGACAACACCGAGCCGUUUACUGUCGUGACAGCGUCGGAAACACACAGCGGACACCGUCAUCAUCUCAUGUAUUUAUAGAAACAAGCCCGUCGUCACCAUGACAGCGGAAGAAACCAUAAAUAUGAAGGAGGUGGAGAUGAUCAAGGUGAUCCUGGACUUUCUCAACUCCAGGAAAUUGCAUAUCAGCAUGCUGGCUCUAGAAAAGGAGAGUGGCGUCAUCAACGGGCUUUACUCGGACGACAUGCUCUUCCUCAGGCAACUGGUGCUGGAUGGGCAGUGGGAUGAAGUCCUGCAGUUCAUUCAGCCUUUGGAGUGCAUGGACAAGUUUGAUAGAAAAAGGUUUCGUUACAUCAUCCUGAAGCAGAAGUUUCUGGAGGCUCUGUGCGUGAACAAUGCCAUGUCUGCAGAAGAUGAGCCACAGCAUCUGGAGUUCACAAUGCAGGAGGCAGUCAAGUGUCUUCAUGCCCUGGAGGAGUUCUGUCCCUCUAAAGAUGACUACAGCAAGCUGUGUCUGCUCCUCACGCUGCCUCGUCUCACAAACCACGCUGAGUUCAAGGAUUGGAAUCCGAGCACGGCCAGGGUGCAGUGUUUUGAGGAGGCCUGCACGAUGGUGGCGGAGUUCAUCCCAGCCGACAGGAAGUUGAGCGAGGCUGGAUUCAAAGCCAGCAGGGAUCGACUCUUCCAGCUUCUUAUCAAGGGCGUCCUCUAUGAGUGCUGUGUGGAGUUCUGCCAGAGCAAGGCAACAGGUGAAGAGAUCACAGAGAGCGAGGUCCUCGUGGGCGUCGAUAUGUUGUGUGGUAACGGCUGUGAUGAUGUGGACUUGUCCAUGCUCUCCUGGAUGCAGAACCUCCCCCACAGUGUCUUCUCCUGCGCUUUUGAACAGAAGCAACUCAACAUCCACGUGGACCGCUUGGUCAAGCCCGCAAAGACGGGCUACGCCGACCUCCUCACCCCGCUUAUCAGCAAACUGUCUCCAUACCCCUCCUCUCCCCUCCGCCGCCCCCAGUCUGCAGACACCUACAUGUCCCGUUCUUUGAACCCAGCACUGGACGGCUUGUCAUAUGGGCUGUCUGGCCAAGACAAGAGAGCGAGUGGUGGGGAGAUAGUGCCGGGGAAAGGAGUCUCUCCAAUGUCCCACUCGUUUGCCAACUUCCACUAUCCUGGAGCAGCAGGGCAGAGCCUGAGCAGGAGCCUGAUGAUGGAGAGCUCUGACUGCCACAGCAUUUUUGAGGAAUCCCCUGAAACAUCAAGGACGGACACUCCUGUGGACAAAAUGAUGAGUUCAGAGCCUCAGACCCUGCGUCCUGACUCGGCUCCAGGCGAGGACGCACCAUCUGCUGAGUCUGCGGACAAAAACGAGCUCCGUGACUCUACUGAGAAGUAUGAGGAGUUUUACCGCCAGCGUCUUCGCGUGCAGCAGCACCUGGAGCAGAAGCAGCAGCAGAGGCAGAUGUAUCAGCAGAUGCUGCUGGAGGGAGGAGUCCAGCAGGAGCCGCCGCCCAGCGACAUGCAGCACAGCCUCACCGAGAAGUUCCUCAACAGGUCCAUUCAGAAGCUGGAGGAGCUGAAUGUGGGGAUGGAGAAUUUAGGAGAGGAGGUGAAAUCAUUGGCCCAGCAGUGUAAUGGCAAUGGGAACAUCCCCGCCCCUGAAGACAAUAACAACCCUCCGGCUGUGACUCCGGAACAAAGACAGACCCAAGGGGGAGGGGUGCUCAGCAGCACGCCACAGCGCGCAUUGGGGGGGCGCACAGUCCCCCCUCCAGACGAGUCCCCUGUUGUCUCUCAGAGCGAUCAGAAACAGAAAGACGACUCUCCAGGCUCCCUCACCCGGAGUAAAGAGAGUGACAAGCCAAAAAGUCUCUUUGUGCCCGUGCACACUUUGGAGGAUACUCAGGCCGUCCGUGCUGUUGCCUUUCACCCGUCUGGAUCUCUGUAUGCUGUGGGAUCCAACUCCAAAACUCUACGCGUGUGCGCUUAUCCCGAGACACUGGACACAAGCAAUCCAACAAAUCCGCCGGUCGUCCGCUUCAAGAGGAACAAACACCACAAAGGCUCCAUCUACUGUGUGGCCUGGAGCCACUGUGGGCAGCUGUUAGCCACAGGCUCGAAUGACAAAUAUGUCAAGGUGCUACCAUUUAACGCAGAAACGUGCAACGCCACAGGCCCGGACCUGGAGUUCAGCAUGCACGACGGCACCAUCAGAGACCUGGCCUUCAUGGAGGGUCCAGAAAGUGGAGGAGCCAUCUUGAUCAGCGCCGGAGCAGGAGACUGUAACAUCUACACGACUGACUGUCAGCGGGGACAGGGUCUGCAUGCCCUCAGCGGACACACAGGUCACAUUCUGUCUCUCUACACGUGGGGAAGCUGUAUGAUCGCCUCUGGCUCCCAAGACAAGACGGUGCGUUUCUGGGACCUCAGAGUCCCCAGCUGUGUCCGAGUCGUGGGGACUGCUUUCCAUGGCUCAGGCAGUCCUGUUGCCUCGGUAGCCAUCGAUCCAAGUAGCCGUCUCUUGGCAACAGGGCAAGAGGACAGCGCAUGCAUGCUGUAUGACAUCAGAGGAGGACGUAUCGUCCAGGUGUACCGGCCGCACAGCAGCGAUGUCCGGUCUGUUCGGUUUUCCCCAGGAGCACACUAUCUGCUCACUGGCUCCUACGACACAAAGGUCAUGGUCACCAACCUCCAAGGUGACCUGACCAAACAGCUGCCUCUGACCGUGGUGGGAGAGCACGGCGACAAGGUGAUUCAGUGUCGAUGGCACACAGAAGACCUGUCCUUCCUCUCCUCCUCUGCUGACCGCACCGUCACACUCUGGACACACAACCCGUAACACAGGCGUGCGCGUGUGUGUGUAUACAGUAUAUAUAAGCAGUUCUUAUAAUCUAAAAGACACAACGUCUCUCCCCCUCCUCCCCCCCCAAAAAAACCAACACUGCUCCCCCUGCAGUAUGAACAUGGACUCACCCUUUCAAGACAAACACACUCACAGGUGAAUGAGUGUUUCCCUCCUGCCUGAUACAAACCGGUGACACAUGAAAAGCACACACAUACAUACACACACACACACCGCAUGUCCUCCUUUGACUUCACACCCUCAUCAUACUGAUCGCUGUCUCACUAAAGGGUAAAAACAUCAGAAUCAUUCAUCAUUCUUUGAAGCUGAGGUUUAACUGAACAGAGGUGGUUAGUUCAUGAUGGUGCCUUCCUUCAGUUCGCAGUUUCCAUAAGGGAAUUUUGCCAUUUAAGGGAAAAAAACAAGCAAAAACAAAAAAAAACUGCAUUCCUUCUUAUGCAUAUCAUUUCAUCAAAGCUGGUAUCAUGCUGCUAUUAUUGUCCAGGGAAACAAGAGUCAAAUACAUGGUGUUAAAUGUACAUUUUGAGCGGUGAGCUUUUCUCAUCCUGAGGCUGAAUCUGUGGAUGUCCAACUGUGAGAUUUUCUGAUGUCUGCCGUUGUUCUGUCCACAUUAGCACGUAACUACAACUCAAAACGUGUAGAUUAGCUUACGCAUUUGUUUUCAUUUUUUAAAAGCCUGUUUGCACUGAAGGUGUUCCAGUGUCUUGUGAUUGGCUGCUUACAGUGGAAGAUUGUUGUGUUGGCAUCAAAGGGAAAUACAGAGUGUAACUUUUGGUUUAGUGCGCUGCCUUCAGUGUUACAAAGCGUUAGUUUGUCUGCUGCUGUAACAAGAUAACAACUGUAGGGUGCAGCCUUUGCCCAUAUAAAUAAUCUAAUCAUGUGCACAGUGAAAUUGGAAGCACGGGUGCAACGUUCGAUUAGAGCCAGUAUUCAGAGCAAAUGCAUUAUAUUAUUUUUCUUGUAUUUUACGUCUUACGUGAGCACUUUUGUUUCUAACACGGAUUUAUUAUUUCUACAAGAUGCAUAUUUAAGUUGUAUAUGUUAAUGUAUAGUAUUCGGUAUAUUGUUUUAACAAAUGAAGCCAAACUAAUACGUACAUAGAUGUAUUUAUUUCAGCUGUGUUCAUGUAUGUACAGUUGGUGCGUUUUGGAAAUGCUUGUGGCUCGUGUAUCAAGCCUUUCUAAUUCUUGUUUUUAAAAAGGUGACUUAAAUUAACUGAAGCUAACUCUAGUCUAACUGCUGGUACGUUCAAUAAAGUGUCUUUUGCACA